UGUGCAGUUAUUCCGCUCUGCCUGUAGGGGGCAGCACCGCCGCGCUGUCGCUCAGCUGCUGCUUGGUCAGAGAGAAGCAGGAGCGGCGGAAGCUGACAAGAUGUCUGCACCGAAAACGAUCCCGAAAGAUGCUCAGGUGAUGAUCCAGAUCCUGAAGGACAUGGGGGUGACCGAGUACGAGCCCCGGGUCAUCAACCAGAUGCUGGAGUUCACCUACAGGUACGUGACGACCAUCAUAGAAGACGCUAAGAUCUACGCCACGCACGCCAAGAAGUCCAGCGUGGACGCCGACGACAUCAAGCUGGCCAUCCAGUGCCGGAUGGACCAGUCCUUCACCUCGCCGCCGCCCCGCGACUUCCUGCUGGAGGUGGCCCGGCAGAAGAACCAGACUCCUCUGCCCCUCAUCAAGCCCUACACCGGCCCCCGCCUUCCUCCAGACCGCUACUGCCUCACCGCCCCCAACUACAGACUCAAGUCCAUCCAGAAGAAGGUGUCCUCGUCCGCCGGCAGGAUCACGGUCCCCCGCCUCAGCGUCAGCGCCGUCUCCAGCAGACCGGCCACGCCCACGCUGGGAACUCCGUCGGUCCAGUCGGUCUCCUCCAAAGUGGGAACCCCGGUGUCUCUGACGGGUCAGAGGUUCACGGUUCAGAUCCCGCCGCCCUCUCAGACGGCCUCCACCAAAACCACCACGGCCUCCACGCCCGCCGUGUCCAACGUCCUCAUCAACCCGUCUCUGAUUGGCUCCAAGAACAUCCUCAUCACCACCAACAUGGUGUCGCAGAACGCCGGCGGGGACUCGCUGAAGAGGAAGCACGAAGAAGACGACGACUACGACGCUUUAUGACGGCGGCCUCUCCCUGUCAGGACUAAAGGCGGCCGCAGACACGGCGGAGGAGGAACCAGAGGAGGAACCAGAGGAGGAACCAGAGGAGGAACCAGAGGAGGAACCAGGGGGGGAACCAGAGGAGGAACCAG